GGACCUAAUGACGCCGCCCAGGUUGGAACGUUUCGACUAAAAAAAUCAUGUACGAUAAACAUUUCGCAAACCCUUGAGCUUUCAUUCACACACAAAAACCCUUUUAUACAAAAAUUAUCCCUAAACCCUCUUCAAACUCUUCUGGAAAAAAUCUUUUUCUCCAAGCUACCUCCACCUCCAUUUCCAGCUGCCUAUUUUAACAUCACUUGGGCCCUUCCAAAAUUUCCCAAUCUUACACUGAAAGAGGGAGAAAAAGAGAAGUGAGUGAAUGGCAGGAGGUGGUUCAGCUGCUGGAAAGGGUAAUGCACCCAGUGUUCGAAUAGUGGUUGCUGGUGAUGCCAAGACUGGAAAGUCUAGUUUGAUCUUGACGGCCGCCACUGAUUCUUAUCCGCCCAAUGUCCCUCCAGUGUUGCCUCCGACUAGGCUACCUGAUGAUAUCUACCCUGACCGCGUACCUGUAACUAUUAUUGAUACGUCCUCAAGUCCUGAAAAUAGAGGUAAACUUGUGGAAGAGCUGAAGAGAGCUGAUGCAGUUGUACUGACUUACGCUUGUGAUAAGCCUGCGACUCUUGAUCGUCUGAGUACUUUCUGGCUUCCUGAACUCCGCAGAUUGGAGGUUCGGGUUCCUGUCAUUGUCGUGGGUUGCAUGCUUGAUAAAAGGGACGAACAGAUUCCAGUCAGUUUGGAGCAGGUGAUGUCACCAAUUAUGCAACAAUUUCGGGAAAUUGAAACGUGUAUUGAAUGUUCAGCAUACAGGCAUAUCCAGAUUCCCGAGGUUUUCUACUAUGCCCAAAAAGCUGUGCUUCAUCCAACAGCUCCACUGUUUGAUCAGGAGGCCCAAACUUUAAAGCCACGAUGCGUUAGGGCUUUGAAGCGGAUAUUUAUUCUUUGUGAUCUUGAUAGAGAUGGUGCCCUAAGUGAUGCAGAGUUAAAUGAUUUUCAGGUCAAAUGCUUCAAUGCUCCAUUGCAGCCUUCUGAGAUAGUCGGUGUUAAGAGAGUUGUGCAAGAUAAAUUACCUGAUGGUGUCAAUGAACGGGGUCUUACAUUGACAGGUUUCUUGUUUCUUCAUGCACUGUUUAUUGAAAAAGGGCGUCUGGAGACAACAUGGACUGUCCUGCGGAAAUUUGGCUACAACAACGAGAUCAGGCUUAGUGAGGAUCAGCUUCCUACUCCCAUCAAGAGACAACCUGACCAGAGUGUUGAGCUGACCAAUGAAGCAUUGGACUUCCUCAGAAGAAUCUUCCAUACGUUCGACAUUGAUAGUGAUGAGGCACUUCGAUCGAAUGAGCUAGAUGACUUGUUUUCCACUGCACCUGAGAACCCCUGGUCUGAAGCUCCAUACAAGGAUGCUGCAGAGAAGGAUGCCUUGGGAGGACUCUCUCUUGAUGGUUUUCUUUCAGAGUGGGCACUGAUGACACUUCUUGAUCCCAUUUAUAGUGUGGAGAAUCUUAUAUACAUUGGAUAUGCUGGUGAGCCUUCGUCUGCUAUUCGUGUAACUCGAAGAAGACGGUUAGAUCGCAAGAAGCAGCAAUCAGAUAGAAAUGUCUAUCAGUGUUUUGUUUUUGGGCCAAAAGAGGCUGGAAAAUCAGCCAUUCUUAGUUCGUUUAUUGGAAGGCCAUUCCCAGAAGAGUACGAAUCAACUACUGCUGAUCAAUAUGGAGUAAAUACUGUUGAUCUCGGGGGGACUAAAAAGAUUCUUGUGCUAAGGGAGAUACCAGAAGAUGGAGUGAAAAAGCUUUUAUCUAGCAAGGAUGCUUUAGCAGAUUGUGAUAUAGCAUUAUUUGUCCAUGAUAGUUCAAGCGAAGCUUCCUGGAAGAGAGCAGCAGAUUUACUGGUGGAUGUUGCUAGCCAUGGAGAGGCCACUGGGCAUGAGGUGCCCUGUCUCAUUGUAGCUGCUAAGGAUGAUCUGGAUCCUUAUUUGACCGAAAUUCAAGAUUCAACAAGGGUUAGCCAGGAUUUAGGGAUUGAAGCUCCCAUACCAAUCAGCACGAAGCUUGGAGACUUCAGUAAUUUGUUCCGAAGGAUUGUUAAUGCAGCGGAGCAUCCACAUUUGAGCAUUCCUGAAACUGAAGCAGGAAGAAGCCGUAAGCAAUAUCAUCGGCUCAUCAAUCGAUCUCUCAUGUUUGUAUCAGUUGGAGCUGCUGUAGCUGUCGUAGGACUGGCAGCUUACCGUGUUUAUGCUGCACGGAAGAAUGCAUCGAGCUGAAAUGGUGAAGCAAAAAUAUGCCAGUCAUGAUGUCUAAUAUCAAGUUUCUCUUUGCCAGUUACUUUGUGUGGAAUGCUUUAUUGUUUAGCUUUCUGGUAAUCUGCCUCUCCGAAUUCCAACUUGGAGGAAAAUGCAGGAAUUUUUGUGAUCUCAGCUUUAGAUCUGUUACAUAGUUAGCCGCUUUUCUUUGUAGCAUUUCAGUUAGAAAUCAAUGGAUAUGCCUUUUCGAAAUGGAGCAGCGCCAUUGCUGUCCUGAAUACUGGCGGGGUCAAUUUGCUGCGAAUAAAUUUAAAAAAAAGAAAUAGAAGUGAACUUGAAGCAACCUUUUUAUUUAUGUCAUAAUAUUAAAACAAGUUCAAUUGCAAAGCUAUAGGAUUUU